AUGACCUCACAAACCCCUAACCCCUUCAUCAUAAAAUCCCCCUUUCCCUCCCCCUCCAAACCCAUACCCUCAACUUCAACCCCCCUCCCCCUCUCCCAAGGCCUCCUCCUCUCCUCCUCCUCCGACCCCCUCGUCCCACUCGAACUGCGUCUCGUGUCCCUCCUCUCCUACCCCUGCACCGCGAUCGUAAACCCGAUUUCUCAAUCCCCGUCUACGUAUUCGCUUAUGCGCGCGAAGGGUUCGAUGGCUGGGGUUGCGGAUUCUGGGCUUGUGGAUUUGCCUUCCAGGAUGGGUAUGGGGAUGGGGAUAAAUACCGCAACACCGCAGAUAAGUCUUCCAGGUCUGAUUGAUAAAACCGCCGGAGAGGAAUUAGCAAAGUGGAGAGAACAGAAUUGGAAGGAAGGAUUGUAUGCUGGGGCGUGUGGAGUAAGUGGAAGUUUUGGGUUGGGUGAUGCUGCGGCAGUGAAGAUUGAUGAAGGGAAAAGAUAUGGGAAAGGGGAAAUGAGGGAGGGAAAUGAGAGACCGAAAUUUAUUAUUCAUACUCAUGCGCCGGAUUUUGCGGAUAAGGCGUAUAGUACGCCGUUGGUGAAACAAUUGUUGGUUAAUUGUUAUCGGGGGGCGCUGGUGGAGGCGAUGGGGAUUGCGGAGAGGGAGGAGGAGAAGGAAGGUGUUUCAAACAAUCAAGUAGAAAGAAUGCAUGGGAAUCUAGUAUCCUCCACGAGUGCAGCAGAAGAUAAGAUUAUGGCGGAUACAGAGCCAGGUACUGAUGAGGAUAUGUCAGUAGAGGGGGAGAAUAUGCCGGAGAUAUCAAGGAAAAUAGGAAUAAGAGGUUUUGGUACAGUUAAUAUGGCGGGAAGUAUGAGUAGUCCAGCGAGUCUAGCGAGUCCGAGGGAUGUGAGUUUAGACACGUUUGGUGUUUCGCCUAUUCCGUCUCCAUCUAUUCCAGCAAACACAUCUUACUCGCCCAUUACAUCAAUUCCGUCCAUACACCUCCCAUCAUCCACAUCCGUUCCUUCACUUUCUCACGGCCCUUCGAAGUAUCAUAUCCCACAAACCUCCCCAAAGCCAACAGGUAUAACUAUCGCCUUUCCCGCCAUCUCCACAGGCCACAAAUCUUUCCCCCAUCGUCUCGCUGCUCGUAUUGCUGUCGGCACUGUGAGGGAUUUCUUACGUCAUCCUAUUUUCGGCGCUAUACGACGGAAAAGGAUUCGGAAGGUUGUAUUUUGUGUGUGGCCUGUUGAUAGUCCGAAUAAAAAAGCGUUGCAAGUAGCAUUUGGACUUAAUUUUCCACCGCCGCUACCACAGAGUGCACCGUUGAGUCCGGUAAGUAAUCAGCUUUCUACGCCGCCGUUUUCACCGAGUGUGAAGGGGAAGAGGGGUUUUGAAUUUAAGUUGGGGUUCGCGUUGCGGGAUUUUGAGGAACAAGAGAGUGGAGUGCCGAGAAUUGUGGUUACGCCGCCGGUUACGCCUAUGGUGGGGUCAGGUUUGAGUUUGAGUUUGGGUUCUGGGGAGACAGAUAAUGAUUCGUCUGGUGUGGGAAAUUUGGAAGGGGAGAAAUUGAGUAGGGGACAUGGGGAUCUGGGAGUUGAGGGGAAUGGGGAUGUUGAGGAAAUGGAAAUGGAAAUGGAUGUCAAUGUGGAAGUGGAAGCGAACAACAAGGAAGAUAAGGAGAAGGAGAAGGACUUGAAAGAGAAGACAGAGGCAGAGACGGAGCAGGGCGACGAUAUUGAUAUUUGUGAGAAUUCGACAGCGGGAACCGGACAGGAAGAUGCGGAAGUAGGAGAGGAAGAAGAACUGAGAGAGAAGGUGAGACUACUCAAGGCAGAAUUGGAGGAAAAACUGAGAGCAAAAAUAAGACGACUCAAAGCAGAAGUGGAGGAGGAAGAACUGGAAGAGGAAAUAAGACGACUCGAAGCAGAUAUGGAGAAGAGGUAUAAACGUGGGGACAGUAGUGGAAGAGAUAGGAGAGGGAGAAAAGAAACAUACAGAUAG